CUCUCUUCCUCUUGCAUCCACUCUCACUCUCACAACAACAUGUUCGUUAUUGAAGGAAAGCGCGCACUCAUUACUGGCGGCUCGGCGGGUCUCGGCGCCGCCGUCGCGCAAGCCCUCGCGGCCAAGGGCGCGCGCAUCGCGAUCAACUACUCUUCCAACGCGGAGCGCGCGCAGCAGACGCUCUCGGGACUCGCGGGGCAGGGCCACGUCCUCGUCCAGGGCGACGUCUUCUCGCACGACGGCAUCAAGGAGGUCGUCGCCAAGGCGCAGAAGGAGCUCAACGGGGCUAUUGACAUUGUUAUCUCCAAUGCGGGCUGGACCAAGUUUGCGCCGUUCACCGACCUGAACGCCGUCGCCGACGCCGACUGGGAGAAGAUGUACCGCGCCAACGUGCUCUCGCACCUGUGGCUCGCGCAGGCGACCGAGGCCGACCUCAAGAAGACGGGCGGCUCGUUCCUCAUCUCGGCGAGUGUCGCUGGCCUGCGUCCCAGCGGCUCGAGCAUGGCGUACUCCGUGUCCAAGGCCGCCCUCGUCCACCUCACCAAGUGCCUCGCCAAGGCCCUUGCCCCCUCGGCCCGCGUCAACGCCGUCGCCCCGGGCCUCAUCCUCACCGACUGGUCGGCGGGCUUUACCAAGGAGCAGAUCGACUUUGCGACCAACGCUGCGGCGCUCAAGAAGACUAGCGAGCUGGAUGAUCUCGCCAACACGUUUGUCUCGCUCGCCGAGAACUCGUCCAUCACGGGCCAGAUUGUCGAGGUGUCGGCCGGUCUUGGUCUCUAGGCGCGCCGCCCAGAAAACAGCGCAGAGAGGUUGUAGUGCACGAAUGAAAGUCUUGAAGCAGG